AUGACUCAUGGAGAAGAGCUUGGCUCUGAUAUGCACCAGGAUCCUAUUGUUUUAACUUACCUAGAAGGAUUACUAAUGCAUCAGGCAGCUGUGAGGUCAGCUACUGUGGUGGACAAAAAGUCUUCUGGGCACAGUGAAGAGGAUCAAAAUUUCAAGAUUUCUGGAAAUAUAUUUCCCACCUGUCAAAAUAAUGGUCCAAGUCUCAACACAAAUACUUAUCAGGGAUCUGGCAUGCUGCAUCUCAAGAAAGCCAGAUUAUUACAGUCUUCUGAGGACUGGAAUGCUACAAAGAGGAGGCGCUUGUCUGAUUCAAUUGUGGAUUUAAAUGUAAAACAGGAAGCAUUGCUUGCUGGCGUGGUUGAAAAUGUGCCUAAAGGCAAACAGGAUAGCACAUUACUUGCCUCUUUGCUUCAGUCCUUCAGCUCUAGACUGCAAAGUGUUGCUUUGUCACAACAGAUUAGGCAGAGUCUCAAGGAGCAGGGGUAUUCCCUUAGCCAUGAUUCUUUAAAAGUGGAGAAAGAUUUAAAGUGCUAUGGUGUUGCAUCAAGUCACUUAAAAACUCUUUUGAAGAAAAGUAAAACUAAAGAUCAAAAACCUGUAGCUAAUCUAUCUGAUGUAACUAAAAAUCUAAUCAAAGAUGGGUUUAUAGAGUUACCCCACAGUGGACAGAGUGGAUCAAAGGUAAUAAAUGAACCCCUGUCAUGUGCUGCAAGACUCCAGGCUGUUGCAAGCAUGGUAGAAAAAAGAUCUAGUCCUGCUACUUCACCUAAACCUAGUGUUGCCUGUAGUCAGUUAGCAUUACUCCUUUCCAGUGAAGCGCAUUUGCAGCAGUAUUCUCGGGAACAUGCUUUAAAAGCACAGAAUGCAAAUCAGGUGGCAAGUGAAAGGCUUGCUGCUAUGGCUAGACUACAAGAAAGUGGACAGAAGGACCUUGGUCGUUUUCCAUUAUCAAAAGGAUUAUCAAGCCAUCAUAAUGGUGAAGCAAGAUCAUCAUCAAAUAAGUCAGUAACUGACAGAAAUAUUACAGCUUUCCAGAGUCCAAUGGGAAUCCUUCCUUCUCCUCCCAGAAAUGCAGAAUAUAAGAGCUCACUGGAAAGAAACAAUUUAAAACAAGCUACCAAUAAUAGUUUGCUUUUACAUCUUCUUAAAAGCCAGAAUAUAACUAAGCCAACUAGUGGACAGGAUCAGAAAGAGAGAGGUACCAUUUUUGAUGAGAGCAGUACGCCCACAACUAUUGAUGAAUAUUCAGAUAAUAAUCCUAGUUUUACUGAAGAUGACAGCAGUGGUGAUGAAAGUUCUCAUUCUAACUGUGUCCCCAUAGAUUUAUCUUUCAAACAUCGAAUUGAAAAACCAGAGUCCAGCCAGCCUGCCUCUCUAGAUAAUCUUACUCAAUCCUUGCUAAACACAUGGGAUCCAAAAGUUCCAGGUCUUAAUAUUAAAGAAGACAGAGACACCUCCAAAAAUUCUAAAUUGAAUUCUCACCAAAAAGUAACACUUCUUCAGCUGUUACUUGGACAUAAGAAUGAAGAAAACCUAGAAAAAACAACUGGUUCUCAGGGAUCACAAAAUGAUGUGUCAAAAUUCACUGCACAAAGUAGUAAGAGGACUCCUGUUAUAGAAAGCCCCAGUGUAAAUCGAGUUACUCCACUGAGCACUCCACCAUUACUUGCAUGUACAAAAGCAGAUUCACCUAUAAACCUUUCUCAGCAAUCUCUAGUCAAACACAACUCACCCCAGUAUGUUUGUAAUGUUCAACCCAAAAGACUGAUGAAUCCAGCAUCUAAACACUUGAUAGAUCUUACCAAAAGUAAAGAAUUGCAAGCAACUAACAAACCAAGCCGAAAUGAAAGUGCACAAAAUUCUACAACUUUCAGUGCCAGCAAGCUGUUACAGAAUUUGGCUCAGUGUGGAAUACAAUCUUCAAUAACAAUGGAAGAGCAAAGAACAUGCAAACAGCUGUUAAAUGUAAACACUGAUAAACCUGUAGGUCUGAUUGAUAGACUGAAUAGUCCUCUCCUCACACAUAAGCCAAAUAUACUUGAAGAAAAUAAUAAAGCAUUCAAUAGUCAAUCAAUAUUACCCGAACCAGGGCUCUCUGGUUCUGAAAUAGAAAAUUUGCUUGAAAGAAGGACAGUUCUUCAGUUACUACUAGGAAACUCCAACAAAAAUAAAAAUGAAAGAAAGGAAAAAAUUCCUUUAAGAGAUGGAAGUUCCCAAGAACAUACAGAUAAAACUUUAAGUGAACAAAUAUUAACAGUAAAAAUAAAAUCUGAACCUUGUGAUGAUUCACACAUCUUGCAUAAUGUGAAUGUCCACCAGAGCCAAGAUGCAAUAAGUAACAAAUUCAUAGGUGUGGUUCCUACUCUGCAGAGAAGUGCAACUGCUUCACCAGCAUCUGAGGACUUCAAAUCAGAGCCUCUUUCACCUCAGGACUUUUCUUUUUCUAAGAAUGGCCUGUUAAGUCGAUUAUUGAGACAGAAUCAGGAGAGUUACCCUGCAGAUGAUCUGGACAGAAAUAACAGGAAUAGUGAACUGACUCUUUUGGAAUCAAAGGGUCUUUACACCGUUCCCAAGAAGAGGAAGCUUCAUAUCGAACCUUCAGAAAGUCUAUUUAAAAAAAAGAUGAAAAGUAAUGUUUCUGAUGGUGCAAAUAAUCACAGUCCUAAUGAGUUAUAUGGGCCUCUGCUUAACAAACAAGAAAUGAAAUGUAACAGAAAUGAUCUUGAAUUUAAGUAUCCACCAUGUCAUGACUCAAAUAAUGAACAUGAAAAUAGGAAUUGGUCUAGAGAUAGUAAAGGCUUUAAUGUGUUGAAACAGCUGCUUCUCUCUGAAAAUUGUGUAAGAGAUUUGUCACAGCAUAGGAAUAACACUAUAACUGAUGGUAAAAAGAAAGGAAACAAAAAUAAUGUAGUCAAUAGCAAACCUGAAUUUAACAUUUCUUCUUUAAAUGGAGUCAUGAAUCAUUCUAGUCAACUCAAUAAUUGUCUAGAUAACAGGACAUUUCCAUAUUCAGUAGCAGUAAGGAGCCCUGCCAGUUCUCCCUACCAGUGUUCUCCUGAGCAUUUGGGCAGUAUGGUAUCUAGACAAGAAUCUGGGCAGUUAAGUGUGUGUCCUGUUCCCAGUGAAAAGGGACCCAUUAAGUGGGUUAUAACAGGUAUAGAUAAGAAUGAAUGUGAAAAAGACUCACCUAGACUGACUAAAACCAACCCAAUUCUGUAUUACAUGCUACAGAAAGGAGGUAAUUCUGUUAGCAGUCAAGAAGUACAUGACAAGGACAUUUGGAAUGAGUCAUUUGCAAAAAAUGCUGCACAGGUUACAGUCAAGGAAGAGUUACUUCCUGCUGCAGAGACUAACGUUUCUUUCUUUAAUUUAAGAAGCCCUUACAAUAGCCAUAUGGGAAAUGCAGCUUCCCACCCACAUAAUACAAAUGGAGAAGUUUAUGGACUCCUGGAAAAAGUAUUAACUAUAAAAAAAGAAUCUGAAUAAAAUCUACCUGCCAUCAAGAUUUUGAAUCUUUAUGUUAAACUAAUUAGUACGAACUUGAAUAUUUUAUAAAUAAGAGCAUGAUUUGAAAAUAGCAUGUUCUCAUUGAAUUUCUUUUUCUUUAUUUGGAAAAUUAUUGAUUACUGGUGAUAUUUAGAAUAGGCAUAGCUGCUUUUUGCUUUACAUUAGCUAUCACAGGGAAACUACUGAACUAGCUAGCAGUUGGUUGUAUAACACUUCUGCAUGCAUCUGAAAGCACCUGUGAAUAGUGUGGGAAUGUUUUGGUUGUUGUUUUUUUUCAACUACCAGUAAUACACAUAAAUUAAAAUGUGAAUCUGAAUCCAUGGUAGCGUUAACUCAUUUUCUUCCAAUUUGUGCACCAUAGUACCUAAUCUCAAUUUGGGGAAGCAUAAACAGUGGUUUUAUAUAUAUAUAUAUGUAUAUGUAUAUGUAUACAUAUUUCUAUAUGUAGUGUUUUUAAAGGUUUACUUUAAAAAAAAUUUGUUAAAUUGAAAAACAUAGUGCCUGCUUAUUUCUUAUUAUUCAAUCCAAAAAAGAAAAUUGAGAGAUCUGUUGAAAGUUUUCAGUUACCAAAAAAAAAAAAAAAGAAAAAAACUUUUUUUACGUCUGGUAGGUUUUUUGUUGAAUUGCUCCUAACCCAUUCCUCCCUGACUUCCCCAUGAGGAAGAUCCCCAUACCA